ACGGAACGGGCGCGUUUUUCGGCAUCGGAAUAGGAAUCGGCGUUUUCGGCAAAUACGUGUAUCGCGCGCGUGUGUCAGUGUGUGUGUGUGUUAGCGUCGUCCGCGUGCUGGUGCGGGAAUUGUGGAAUUGUAAUAAAACCGGUUGCCACUGCCGCCGCCGUGCCGCACUUCUUGCAAUUGCUUUGCUGGAGGAAAAAAAGUAAAAUACAACAAAAAAAAAAGCGGCUAAACACGGCUCCGAAUAAUUGUAAAAGUCAGAUCACAGAUCUCGGCAGUGUUUUACUUAUUCUUCAUUUCGUGCGUUCUGCGUUAGCAAAAGAAAGCAAGGAUUACCGACAAAAAACCUCUUUUCUCUGUCGAUCACUUCAAUUUUUUUCUUGUGCCUGUGCUCCUAAACGAAAAGAAGUCCCCCGAAAGAAGGGAGCUGAUGGAAUAAAAAUAAAAAUAAGGAAAGAAGCAAAGAUAAAGCGCGCGCGGCUGUCGUUGUGUAUUGCACCUUUUUUUGUCGUUUGUUUGCAAGUGAGCGUGCGGAUUGUCUCUGUCUCUCUCUCUCUUGCAGUUCGAAAGCCUCUUGUGCUGAGAGAGCGCCAAAGAGGAAGGCAGAUCGUGGAGAGCGGAUCGACCAGCACUUAGGUAAAGAGAACAUAAAGAAGUGCCAUGAGUUUAUGCAAUGCAGUUCACGAAUUGUUUGAUACUUGAAACGGUUGAGAUGUCACCCAUAUUAAGACGAAUACUGUGGAAAACAAGAGGAUUAUUUUCAACGCUUACAAUGUUCAUCAGUCUCAAAUAAGGCUGUCAGUGUCAGAGACGAAGCCCAACUACGACUUGCGUAGAUCAGGAAUUGAAGGAGCUAAGAAUCUAGACUUUCUUUUGAUAUAUUAAAAAGUGGUGGAAGCUGCACUGCUAUUUCACGAGGUUAGAGACCGAGCCCGGGACCGAGACCGAGACCGAGAGAGCCCACCGGUGUCCGUCGAGACAUUAAUUAAUAACGACCUUGUCUGUUGCACACACACAGAACACAACACCGGCAAUCCGUAACCCACAACCCGCAAGCCGCGAUCCACCGCCCCACCGCGAAUUAAAACAGGGAGAGGAGUCGGAAGGAGCAGGAGCAGGAGCUGGAACAGAGGGAGAAGGACGACGAAAGGGCGCAGGAAUCAAAUUAACAGGGUGUCAAAAGGAUUAACCCGCAAAAGGAGGCGGAAGGAGCUGAGUUGGAAAGUACGUGACGCGUGAAGUGAGGCGGAUAAACAACCCCGGCCAAGGGGAAGGAAUUAUCGGGGCACGUGUCCUGCUGGCUGGCUGAUUAGCCACAGAAACCGGAAAUAAAGACACAUCAGAAUGAUGGACAGAACAAACCAGAAAGGAUCACGGCUCCUGCUGGCACUCCUGCUGGCACUGCAACUGCUGCAUCUCGUUGCCGGCACCACCGACUGGAUGCAGAGCUGCAGCACCUGCCAUUGCCAUUGGAAUUCGGGCAAAAAGUCGGCCGAUUGCAAGAACAAAGCACUCACCAAGAUUCCCCUGGACAUGAGCAAUGAGAUGCAGGUGCUGGACUUUGCCCACAAUCAGAUACCGGAGCUGCGACGCGAGGAGUUCGUCCUCGCUGGAUUGCCCAAUGUGCAUAAGGUGUUUCUGCGCAACUGCACCAUCCAGGAGGUGCAUCGCGAGGCCUUCAAGGGUCUGCACAUUCUGAUCGAGCUGGAUAUGUCUGGAAAUCGGAUCCGGGAGCUACAUCCGGGCACUUUUUCUGGCUUGGAGAAGCUGCGCAAUGUCAUCCUCAACAACAACGAGAUCGAGGUGCUGCCAAACCAUCUGUUCGUCAACCUAAGCUUCCUGUCGCGCAUUGAGUUCCGGAACAAUAGGCUGCGACAGGUGCAGCUCCAUGUCUUUGCCGGCACGGUGGCGUUGACCGCCAUCUCGCUGGAGCAGAACCGACUGACGCACUUGCACAAGGACACAUUCAAGGACCUGCAGAAACUGAUGCACCUGUCGCUGCAGGGCAACGCAUGGAACUGCAGCUGCGAGCUGCAGGAGUUCCGUGACUUUGCCCUAGCCAGGCGGCUCUACACACCCCCAACGGACUGCCAGGAGCCGGCCCAGCUGCGCGGCAAGCUUUGGAGCGAGGUGCCCUCGGAGAACUUUGCCUGUCGGCCGCGCAUCCUUGGAUCUGUGCGCUCCUUCGUGGAGGCCAAUCAUGACAACAUCACCCUGCCCUGUCGCAUUGUCGGCAGUCCGCGUCCCAAUGUCACCUGGGUGUACAAUAAGCGACCGCUGCACCUGCACGAUCCCCGCCUGCGUGUCCUCACCUCGGUGGAGACGCUGCCCGUGCAACAGCCCUCCCAGGUGCUGACCUCCGAGCUACGCAUCUUUGGGGUUCGGGCCUCCGACAAGGGCGCCUACACCUGUGUGGCCGACAAUCGUGGUGGUCGUGCCGAGGCCGAGUUCCAGCUGCUGGUGAGCGGUGACUAUGCCGGUGCCGUGUCCGCUUCGGAUGGCCUGGGUGCCCUCGGCAUGGGCGGAGCCAUUGGAGCACCUACCAACGAUCCACAGACGAAUGUCUUCCUCAUUAUUUGCCUGAUCACUACCACACUGCUACUCCUUCUGAUUGUGAUUGUCCUGACGCUGUUCUGGUAUUGCCGCCGCAUCAAGACGUAUCAGAAGGACACCACCAUGAUGAGCGGUGAUGGUUUAAUCUCCUCCAAGCUGGACAAGACGCACAAUGGAUCCAUGCUCGAGGGUUCCGUCAUCAUGGAGAUGCAGAAGAGUCUGCUCAACGAGGUGAAUCCCGUAGAGAAGCCGCCACGUCGCACGGACAUUGAAAGUGUGGAUGGUGGGGAUGAUGGCCACGAGAUCAAGAAGACGUUGCUCGAUGAGACGGUUUAUGUGCCCAACCACUCGCGGGAUGAGGAGACCCACUCGGUGGCCUUGUCGGACACCACCACCACGGUUCGAUCACGACACACGUACGUGGACGAUGCGUACGGCAAUAGCCUGCCGCCGGACCUGCUGGCCUUCCCCGCCCGAGUGCCACCCACCUCCCCCUCGAUGCAGUCCUCGCAAUCGAACAUACCGGACCAGGUCAUCUACGGCAUCCGGUCGCCACCCUCGCUGGCCAGCCCCGUCUACACGCACAUGACACCCCACGGGAUCUACGGCACCAAGACGCUGGCGGCCUCCAACAAUGGAUUUAUGACCCUGCAGCAUCCCAAGUCCCGCAACCUGGCGCUGAUAGCCACCGCCAACAGUAGCCGCCAGCAGCAGCAGCAGCAUCAGCAUCAUCUCCAGCAGCAACAGCAGCAGCACCAGCAUCAGAAUCUACACCAGCAUCCGUUGGCCGCCGCCUCGCCCUUCCUGCCCGCUCCCGUCGUCUACUCGCCGGCCACGGCGGUGGUCUUGAAACAAGGCUACAUGACCAUUCCGCGCAAGCCUCGCGCCCCCAGCUGGGCGCCCAGCACCUCGGGAGCGGCAGGCCACAAUGUCAGCCAGCUGAGCGAGUUCCAGAGCCCCACCUCGCCGAAUCCCAGCGAGACGGGCACAGCCACCACGGCGGAAUUGCUGGCGGAGCCCGUCUACGAUAAUCUGGGUCUCCGCACCACCGCUGGCGGCAAUUCCACGCUCAACCUGACCAAGGUCGCCGGCUCCGGCUCUGGCUCCAGUUCGGGCCAACAGUACACGAUGCGAGACAGGCCGCUGCCGGCCACGCCGAGCAUGACAUCGAUGGGCUCAGCGGCGAAUGUCAGCAAGAUCUACGAACCGAUCCAUGAGCUCAUCCAGCAGCAGCAGCAGCACCAGCUACAGCAGCAACAGCAGCUCCACGGACACGCGGACACGGAACCGCUGUACGGGGGCGGCAGGCAUCACGGGAUCACGAUACUGCCAGGCUCGAGCAUCAGUGCCGCCGGACUGGGCCAUGGGGCGGCUGGUGGGCCGCUGUCGCCAAUGUCGGCAAUGACCGGAUCACCCAGCCACGAGAGCGGCAGCGGCGACUCGCCGAAGAUCACCAAGAUACCACCGCGGCCACCGCCGAAGCCCAAGAAGAAGAUGUCCGUAACGACGACGCGCAGCGGCCAGGGCAGCACUAGCCAGCUGUUCGACGACGAGGGCGAGGACGGCACCGAGGUCUAGUUUGGCGGGAAGCAGGAGCAGCCUUUAGCAACACCAAGUGAAGGAGUGGCCACGGACGAGCAGCGACAGCCGCACAGAGCAGCAAUACGAAGAAGCCAAGUCUAACUCAAGCGCAGCCAGGUGGAGAUGAGGGAUGGAUGCGGAUAUUGGAUAGUGGAUAGUGGAUAGUGGAUAGUGGAGCCUUGCUGCUCCGGUUCCUGCUCCCACUCCAUGUCCCUUUCCCGCUCCACUGCGCCGCUGCGUGACUUGUGUGCCAAACGACUGAUGUAGAUUUUAGUUAUUAAAUCGAUGAACAUGAACGUGAAAAAUGUAUACACUAAAGGAUAACGAAAGCAGAAACUGCAGCACCGAAGCACCGAAGGAUGAAGCCCGGACAAAAUCCAAGGAAAAUGUAUUGAACAUGAACGAGAGGGAGACAAACCCACACGGCUGGACAGACAGAGAGGGAGAAGUCCGUACGGAUCGGAAGAAUUCGCUUUUAGAACCAUCUAAUCCUAAAUUUGAAUUAGCGGAAAUUUGUAUGUAAAGAAAACAAAUCCAAUUUUAAUGCAGAUACCA